ACAUUCAGGUUUCAUUUCCCGUCAGUCUUCAACAGACACGGUGUCCGUCUUCCCCACCAAGUUUUGGUACCACUUGUUAACUUUGUGGUUGCUAUGGCUGCGAGUUCACGCGAGGCUGACCCGGCCGAAAAGGAAGUGACGAUUUGGGCUGUUGUUGGGACACGUGACCAGAGCUGCGCUGAUCUGUUUUGACAAGCAGCGGGGAGGGAAGUGAGGAGGGGAGGCGCGGCAGCUUGUAAGCAUCACGGCUCGGAGGAUUCACGGCUCCUUUCAUCUGCAUGUCGCCUGAAUAAUACCAGUAUCGAGCCAGUCUCCUAGUUUCGGCAGUCAACUAGUCUGUCCGAGUUAAGUGAGUACACGCUCGCGGACAAACCGUUGUCCCCCGCAGCCACGAAGCGGAGCGGAGUCUGGCUGCUUGUUGUUGUCGGUUUGAAAAGUUUUAAUGAAGAUCGCAAAGGAAGUCAGCACAGGCGGCGUUCGUAACGCGAGAUAGAUGGCGACGAAUCGAAGGCUGGCGACGGACAGAAAGUGGAUCCCGUCCGCCUGAUGUCACCGAUUAACGAUCCGCGAGAAGAAUAACGCACUGAAUAUGCUCUCGUCUUAGCAACAACACGCACACGAACAAAAUAUCGAGACCGUCCGUCCGUCGUCGGUAUUUUCAGCUGAGCUGUGGCUACCUGUGCUAUAUUAGAGAUGGUCACCGGGAGACGCGGAACCAAACCGUGACGUUUAAGUUAGUUAAGGCGAGUUGUGUUCGCUAACGAGCUUAACGCUGCUGAGUUAGCGACCCCCCCCCCGGAUCGUUCUGUGGCAGAGUCGUUGAGAGGAGAUGGGACACCGACAUGCAUCGCGACGUAACUGUGGUUUAGGUGAAGGAAUUCGAGACGAGUAGCCAGCUUGCUAGUUAAAUUACCAGUGGUUCAGUUGGUUACUCGUUAGCAAGCCGAUUGACAACUCCGUUAUCCAAACGCCAAACUGUCUCUCAGCUGUCUUUGGUGUUCGUCCCCUGGACGCCACAGUGCGACUCGAUGAACGCGUACAGUAGAGUGCUAACAAAGCGAUGCUUUGUUGUUGGAUAGGGGGGCAGCUGGCACCGACACACGGGCAUCAAAGCUGAUAUUAUUGCUGAGCUAAUACAGCAGGUCUCCGUGAGAGGUUUUUUUUUUAGGGGGGUGGGGGAAGAGAAGACUGAGAAGACACCCUACAAGAGAUCCUGAAGGCUACCUGAUGACACUGGACAACAUGAAGUCGGAGCGAGAUGCAACGGAGGAGUUUUUCGAGUAUGACGCCGAGGAGUUCCUGGUGUUUCUGACCUUGCUUAUGACAGAAGGAAGGACACCAGAAUAUUCUGUGAAGGGCAGAACCGAGGGGCUACACUGUCCACCAGCCCAGUCAGCCAUGCCGCCUCUUCACAAGCACGAAUGCAGCGACAAACUGCCCCAGUGUCGGCAGGCAAGGCGAACCCGUUCGGAGGUGAUCCUGCUUUGGAGGAACAGCAUCCCCAUCAUGAUCGAGGUCAUGCUCCUGCCAGACUGUUGCUAUGGUGACGAGUGCCCCCCGAGUGACCCCAUCAGCGACCCGAUCAUCAAACAAGAUGCUCUGCUGCUGGAGAGAUGGACCCUGCAGCCAAUUCCAAGACAAAGCGGUGAUCGCUUCAUUGAAGAGAAGACGCUGCUGUUGGCUGUCCGCUCUUACGUCUUCUUCUCUCAGCUCAGCGCCUGGCUCAGUGCCUCCCAUGGUAUCGUCCCAAGGAACAUCUUGUACAGGAUCAGUGCUGCUGAUGAGGAGUUGGAGUGGCAUUUCUCCCAGCCGCCUUCAGAACACGUUUUUCCAGUCCCAAAUGUGUCCCAGAGCGUUGCCCUGCAGGUUCGUGUCCAGUCACUCCCACGCCAACCAACCUAUCCCACCCUGGCCUGCAGCAUCCAUACCGGCCUGCCUCCGCUUUACAGCAAGACCCCCAGCCUCAACCCAAACCUCAACAGCCAUGGUGGCCUGCCCACCCACAAAAAGAGUCAGGACCCCAGCAAAGACGACCUACUUCACAACUCUAACAUGUACAGCAAGAGCUCCAACUCCAUGUCCGGCCUUCUCCUCAAUGGAUUACCGAUUCCUAAUCUCCCCAUCAACAACAUCCCCAUCAAUAGCCUUCCCCACACUGCUGUUCCCUCUCCUUACAAUAAGAAGAGCCAAGAACCAGGUGAGGAUCACACAUAUCAGAAUGGAGAGCUUCCACAGGUCAACAUCCCCCAACGUCAGGGCUCCCCUCUGUUCCACAGGUCCUCUCAUUCCCCCACGCCCUCCCGCUCCCACUCACCCUCUCCACUUCCCACAAGCAAGGCAGGGAAGUGGCUGUACUCGGCUCUCAAUGGUUCAUCUGACCCCACACCAGUAGAGGAUUAUGGGUCUGGCAGUGAUAGGUCAAAGGGGUCCAUCCCUGAGCCACUGAGAGCUUUUAAGAAUUUCUCCUUGGCUGAGCCACCGCGUUGCCCCUCCCCAAGGCCUGCAAAUGAAACAAACCCACUGAUUGGCUCCCUGCUACAGGAGAGACAGGAAGUAAUUGCCCGCAUCGCACAGAGGCUCAACUUCUGUGACCCCACAGCACCGCCACUACCCCCUGGCCUUUUUGCUUCUGACAACCCUCCCAAAGCCAUGUGGGGCACUAACCAUGACGACAUAACUGCCAGUAAGACCAAAGAGCCCGAGGUACCGCCCUAUGAGUCUGUGGGACGUGUGUGGCCCAGGCACUUCAACACACCCGUGAGUGACACCUCUUACAGCAAGUGGGAGUGCUCCUCCCCUAAACCUGCAGCAUGCAGGAAGCUGAAAAUGGCUGAGACAAGGAAUUUAGAGGAUGAGAAGGAGAAAGAAAAAGAAAGGGAGAGAGAAGGCUCCUUGAUCGCCCAGGCAGUACAAGACAUAACUAGACUCAUCCAGGAGAGACUGUCUGUCCCCGCUCUGUCCCCAAGGCACGGCAGGAGCAGCAGCCAUCUGCACCACACGCACACAACGACAGUCACACACACGGUCCGCACAUACUCGCACACCACACACAUCCCACAAGCCUCACACACUGCCACCAAUGGCUGCACCGACAGCCACAUACCCAGCCAUCAUGAAACUCGCAGAGGCAGCGUUUGCACCGCUGCCACACACGCACCCGUUUGCACAGAGGAGCCCCGGGGUGAUCCGGGGACAGAAUGCCAUUCUCCCGGGGCCCAAAAUGGUGCUCAUUUUACACUUGAAGAACCCUCAUUCAAAGGCCAGUACCACACCCAGGCUGGUCGGCGUUUACGAACUCCCCCACAGGAAAAGCUUGUAUUCAGGACACUCAGCAGCCAUGAAAACCCUUCUGCCUCUCAUGUCCUUGAGAACAGCCCAAGGAAUGCCCAGAUCUUUAGUUGGACUUGCAAUGAUGCCGGUCCAGCCAUGAACUGUAACAUAAGCCACAACCACAGCAAGCCUCAGCCUCAGCUUCAGUCCCAGAUGCAGGUCUGUGCACUAGCCCAGGCCUCUGCCUUGCAGGAUGAGAACCAGGCACCCUCGAUGUCUGGAUGCUCCAACACCUCCAGUCCAGACAUGACUCUCCCUUCUACUGUCCUGCGAGCCCACAGCCCCUCACCGCUUCACCCCUGUAACAGCUGGAAGAAACAGAAUCGCCACUCGUUGGAUGCUACAGUGACCAAAGCCUUCCACCCCUGUACGGGCCUGCCUCUGCUCUCCAGCCCUGUUCCUCAGAGGAAAAACCAAACGGGCUACUUUGAUCUGGACACCUCUCUGGCUGGCUGUAAGGGUUUGCCUUGGGCCUAUGGGAAAAGGGUGUGUCCAAAGAGAGAGGGGUACACCGAUGAGUCGCAGCAGCUGUUCAGUGUCAGCGCUCCACCUGCCAGUCUCAGUCUGCUGGGAAACUUUGAGGAGUGUGUGCUUAACUACCGCCUGGAGCCUUUAGGGUUAGUGGAGGGUUUCACAGCAGAGGUUGGAGCCAGCGGGUCCUUCUGCCCCAGUCACCUGACCUUACCUGUGGAGGUGUCCUUCUACAGUGUAUCCGAUGACAACGCUCCCUCACCAUAUAUGGGUGUGAUCAAUCUGGAGUCCCUGGGGAAAAGGGGCUACCGUGUACCUCCAUCAGGAACCAUUCAAGUGACCUUAUUCAAUCCCAACAAGACAGUGGUGAAGAUGUUUGUUGUGAUGUACGACCUACGAGCCAUGCCAGCUGGACACCAGACCUUCCUGCGCCAGAGGACCUUCUCUGUUCCCGUCCGCCGUGACGCAAUCAAUCAGACCAGCAGGAAGCCCCUCGGCCUGGGACGCACCUUGCGCUACCUCAUUAAUCUGAGGUUCCAGAGUUCUAAGUCUGGGAAGAUCUACCUCCAUAGGGACAUCCGUCUGCUGUUUUCCAGGAAGUCCAUGGAGGUUGACAGUGGAGCGGCCUACGAGCUCCAGUCCUCUACAGAGUCCCCUAUAGACCCACCAUUCGCUCCCCGCUGCUGAGACACAACCCCCCUUCCUCCUCCACCUCGCAGGCGACCACUGAAGCUUCAAUCACACCAUGAUGCCGACGAUAGACUCUUGCGCAACCCAUGGCGAAAUAAACUGCUCUAAAACGGAAUUUAAAGACUGCAGUCAACAAGACUCACCUGGCAUGGGCCCCACAAUCUUAUGUUUCAUCCCUCCUGUCACCCAGAACUGACAAGGGACGGGGGGGCGAGCUAAGAGCCUGGGAGACUUGUUGUAAAUGGUGUUCUUUGUUAACUGAACAAAGAGGUUGAGUCAUAGGUUACAAUUAUAAAUUAAGAAGGCCUGACCACAUCUGAUGGGUCAUUCUUUUUCCUGCUGUUGUGUGUUUCCCCUCCAGCGUCUGGCAGGAGAGUAGAGACCAGUGAUCGUCUACAGUUAGACACUUAAAAUAUUUCAGCAGAGUUUAGGCUACUUUACUCAAAUCAAAAUGUUAAUUGGACCUGUACUCAACAUGAUAAAUCUGUGUUCAGUCACUUAUAAAUUAGUUAUAAAUGCAAUUCGAGGCCCUAUUUAAUGGUAAAACAUUUUGUUUGAAAUCCUUGAAGAGCAGAUUGAUUCCUGAGCUCGGAGCAGAGGGGACUGCAAAUGGAAGAGGAGGCGGGUGGCAGACUGGUGCAACAUCAUUCGCUCGUCCAAAAGAAAAACAUACCAUGGACCACUAAAGAAGUUGAACAAGCAAUGGCUACAUUCAACUGAAAUCAUCAUAGCUAAACAUCAAAAGUGCACCGUGGAAUUGUUUUUCUCAUAACUGGAAAUGAAACAGAAAAUAGUAAUAUUCUAAUACUUUUGUACUGUUACAGAACCACUUUACUGGAAGUGUUGCAAUAGAAAGAGUAAUCUUAGUUUAGUGUUUACACAUUCACUUUCAGUUUACUUACCAUCAGUUUAUUUAAUAUUUAAAUUAAUAUUUCAGUUACUACUUGUGAUGUCUGUCAUGCUAAGAUGAUGUAGUGCAAACUGUAUAUCAUAGUAUGUAUUUUUGACAUUAAUAUUCAAAUCUGAAAAAUAUAUAUCUAUCUUCUAAAGCCA